CUAUAUUUCAAAUCAAUUCACUGUAAUGCAGACGCAAAAAGAUUAUAUGAUGAUUUACUGUCAAGUUACAAUCGAGCUAUUCGACCGUGAUAAACUGACGGUUAAGAUGGGAUUGAAAUUAUCACAACUCAUAGAUGUGAAUCUUAAAAAUCAAAUAAUGACAACAAACGUAUGGGUUAAUCAGGAAUGGAUGGACCAUAAGUUGAAAUGGGAUCCCGAGGAAUAUGGCGGUGUAUCGCAACUGUAUGUACCGGCAGAGGAGAUCUGGUUACCAGAUAUUGUUCUCUACAAUAAGUAA